AUGAUUCCUGAAAUUACAUUUGGUCAGCAUAUACGUGUUGUUCUCGAUGUUGGUUGCGGCGUUGCUAGUUUCGGUGCGUACUUACUGUCACGGAAUGUUGUCACCAUGUCUGUUGCUCCCAAGGAUGUUCAUGAGAAUCAGAUUCAGUUUGCUCUUGAGCGUGGCGUACCAGCAAUGGUGGCAGCAUUUGCAACUAGACGACUCUUAUAUCCAAGUCAAGCUUUUGACUUGGUACAUUGCUCACGCUGUAGAAUUAAUUGGACUAGAGAUGAUGGGAUACUGCUGCUUGAAGUUAAUAGGAUGCUAAGAGCAGGAGGGUACUUUGUCUGGGCUGCCCAGCCAGUUUAUAAGCAUGAAGAAAUUUUAGAACAACAAUGGGAAGAGAUGCUUAAUCUUACAACUCGACUCUGUUGGAAGUUUUUGAAAAAAGAUGGGUACAUUGCAGUAUGGCAGAAACCGUCUGACAAUAGUUGUUAUAUAAACCGGAAGGCAGGAACUAAACCUCCACUUUGUGACCCAAAUGAUGACCCAGACAGUGUUUGGUAUGUUGAUCUAAAAGCGUGCAUCUCAGAAUUGCCUAAAGACGGCUAUGGAGCAAAUGUCACUGAAUGGCCUUCUCGGUUACAAACCCCCCCGGAUAGGCUUAAAACCAUAAACCUUAGAGCUUUGUCAUCCAGAUCAGAGCUAUUUAAGGCAGAAUCAAAAGAUUGGAAGGAAAUAAUAGCAGGUUAUGUACGUGCUUUACCCUGGAAAACGACAAGACUAAGAAAUAUUAUGGACAUGCGAGCAGGUUUUGGAGGAUUUGCAGCAGCAUUGAUUCAGCAGAAAUUUGAAAGCUGGGUUAUGAAUGUAGUUCCUGUGAGUGGUCCAAACACUCUGCCUGUUAUAUAUGACCGUGGAUUGAUUGGAGUUGUGCAUGACUGGUGUGAAGCAUUUGACACCUACCCCAGAACCUAUGAUUUACUGCAUGCUGCCAACCUCCUUUCUGUUGAAAGGAAAAGAAACAAGUUGUUUGAUGUCUAUUCUUUACUAUCUGUUGCAUUUCCGUGUAUCAGAUGCAAUGUCUCAUCCAUUAUGCUUGAGAUGGAUCGGAUACUAAGACCUGGUGGACGUGUAUACAUCCGCGAUUCUCUUGAAAUCAUGGAUGAACUUCAACAGAUUGCCAAGGCAAUAGGGUGGCACGUGAUGUUGCGAGACACGGAGGAGGGGCCGCACGCAAGUUAUAGGGUAUUGGUUGUUCUAUGUCAUACAAAAGUUUCCGUCUUUUCUAAGUGGGAAACCCCUCUCCCUAAGUUCGCUCACUGCUACUUCAACUCACUCCCAAGUUUCCUCCGUUCUCACAUAAAAAAUGCCAACGGAUACUUCUCAGAGGCUUUUGAAACGCUCGUGGAUUGUAAUCCUCUUGCCUUCAUAUUUUUCCAUUUAGUGUUGCAAACCGUUAUUGCAGCUGUCUCAUUAUCAACUGCUAAUCAGAGAUUUCAAGGGGCAAUAAUGAAUACACGUAGUAUGUUGGAUACAGUUUUAAAUGAUAUACUUCAAGUUGUCACACCAUUACAAGAAGAUUGGCAGAUACGCUUUACGAUAAUUAACGAUUUACGAAGCAUUGUUGAAUCUGUGGAAAGCUUGAGAGGAGCAACUGUUGAGCCAUUUGGGUCAUUUGUAUCUAAUCUCUUCACCCGAUGGGGUGACUUAGAUAUUUCAAUUGAGUUAUCCAAUGGUUUGCAUAUUUCAUCUGCUGGGAAAAAACAAAAACAAACUUUAUUGCUGGAAGUUUUAAAAGCGUUGAGAAUGAAAGGUAAAGUUCUUAUACUUGAAGCUUCCAUCACUUAUUAA